AUGUUUAUUGUACUUAAUCCUCUAGAUGCCAUUUGUGAUCGUAAACGUACCGAUGCCAUAUGUGUAUCGAAUUUGAAAAAUGCUAAAGCGGUGGAUAAAAGUGUUUUGGUGGAAAGACCCGAUGUGAAAAUCUUCUUACCAUUCCGUUUCUAUGUCUAUGAACCGAAAAAUCUAUUUAUACCCAAUACAUAUAAUAAAUAUUUGGUGGCUCCUAGUGGUGAUCACUUGACAUCGUUAAUAGAUGAAAUUUCCUAUGUAGCACCACCAUCACCGAUGCUCUCGCAAAUACAUGACAUACCGCCAGAGCUAUUCUGUAAUGGUGAUAAUCGUCCACCGAAUUGUGGACCCAAUUGUGAAUGUGUCCACAAAGUUGAUAUACCAUUAGGAGCGGUUGUGGAAGUGGUGUUAGUCGAUGAGGUGCAACAGACAAACCUCAGUCAUCCAUUUCAUUUACAUGGUACGGCAUUCUAUUUGGUGGGUUUGGGUCGUUCUCCCGACAAGUCUAUUAAGAAAAUCAAUUUGAAACACACUUUGGAAUUGGAUCGCAUGGGAAUGAUUGAACGUGAUUUUAGCCAGCCGCCUCUAAAGGAUACCAUUGCUGUGCCCAAUAAUGGUUAUGCUGUCAUGAGAUUUCGUGCUGAUAAUCCUGGCUACUGGAUGUUCCAUUGUCAUUUUCUGUUUCACAUUGUUAUAGGCAUGAAUCUGGUCUUUCAUAUUGGUACUCAUGCAGAUUUACCGCCCGUACCCGAUGCAUUUCCUACUUGCGGCGAUCAUAGACCUCCUGUGUCUUUAUUUUAAAAACCUCUCUAGAGACCUCUUAACUAUAGCAUUAUUUUAAAACUUAAAAAGGGAGGUUUGUGUCUUAACUUAAAUUAUUUAAUAAUUUUUUAAUUAGUUUUAAAGAGAAAAAACUAAUAUGAGUUGAUAGAGAGAGAGAAGUAAAUGCCUAGUGAAACAAAUGAAGGAUUGUAAAAACGAAUGAGAGAAUGUGAAGAGCGUGCCAAGUCAUGUUGUGUAUAUAUCAAAAGAAACCUAUAAAAAUGUUGUUAACCAAUUUGCAAGAUACUUAUUAAGCAGGCUCUUACCAAAUUUUAUAUACUAAUCAAUCAAUCAUAUCAUACCAUUUAUCCAUCAUCCACCAUUUUAUCAUCCUA